GAGUGUAUUAAAGAAGGGCUAGUUUGUCGACCGACUGACUAUAUGGGAGACUGUCUGAUAGUGUUGCUAAUGUGCUAGAUAAGAGUGUGACGGGUGUGGGGUAUCGCUAGCCACUGCAUAAAGGCCUGUGACUGAUACUAAAUGAUAAUCGCUCACUGAUUUCAGUGCGUCUAGCAUUGCAGGGCAAACAAAUAUUCGUAAACAAAGCAUGAGAGAGCUGAAGUGGUGAUUUAGCACUUUGCUGAUGUUACCAAACACGCAGCAGAUCUCUUUGUGGUUAAUUCUAUUCUAGAUUCACAUCAUCAAGUUACGCACUGCCAUUAAUACUAGAGAUCUUAGCGAUAUACAUAUAAUAUAGCGUAUAUAAUUAGUCCUGCAAUAAAUAAAAAGCAGAUCCUGGUACCAGUAUCAAGUUGAAACUGCGUCCAUAACAAAUCUAAAAUAAAUAGUUUUAGAUAUAUUAAAACAUAAACGGAAUCCGGGUCCCAUUGUAAUUUAACAAGAAGCAACGAUUUAAACAUACAAAUUUUAUUUUGUAAGUUAUACCAAACAAGAAGAAGACAGUAAGGAUAAGGAGAAUCAAGUACAAUAUGUCAAAUAACUACCAGCACCAUAACAAUUACCGUGGCUCAGGCACGUCACAUAUGAACGGUGUACGGCCGCAUCACUUGCAGAACGGUGAUUGUGGGGACGAUGGUGACAGCUAUCGCCGCGGUGGUGGCCCUACUCGACUCACAAAUGGCUACAGUGUAAAGCCAUUGGACAAUGUAGCGGUGCCUGAUAUGUGUAUAUUUUGUUUCGAGGUACUAGACUGCGAGCUUAACAAUUUAGAAGGUCCUGGUACACCUAAAUUCACAAAUGAUGCUUAUCCAUUAUUUGUGACUUGGAAAACAGGGCGUGACAAACGGUUACGUGGAUGUAUUGGCACCUUCAGCUCCAUGCACUUGCACAAUGGACUGCGCGAAUAUGCGCUAACGAGCGCUUUAAAAGAUUCGCGUUUUGCGCCCAUAGCUAGAGAGGAGCUACCCAAAUUGACAGUAUCUGUGUCGAUUUUGCAGAAUUUUGAAGAAGCUCACGGGUACUUGGAUUGGACAUUAGGCAUACAUGGUAUACGCAUUGAAUUUUUGAAUGAACGUGGGUGCAAAAGGACUGCUACUUAUUUGCCACAAGUGGCAACCGAACAAGGUUGGGACCAAACCCAAACUAUUGACUCGCUACUCAGGAAGGGGGGCUAUCGUGCAGCAAUCACCCCAGAAACUCGAAAAUCAAUCAAAUUGACUCGUUAUCGUUCGCAAGAAAUUCAAAUGAAUUAUAAGGAGUAUCGGGAAAUGUUGGAACGUCGGGCGCAUUAUGGGAAAGUGUUGUGCUAACAAACACCGAAAACACGACUAAACCAACAACAACAGCAAAUUAUAAUAAUGCAGCAGGAACAUCAGCAACAUAAACAGUUUCGGCUACAACCACAAAUACAAAAUCAGCAUCUGAAUACACACAAGAAGACGCAGCAACAAUUUCAAAAGCAGCACCAACACGGGAAAUACGUUGGUGCACAACAACGCCAACUACGAGAAGAAAUACCGACUAUACCACAUAAUAGAUAUUAUUAUUAUAAUUCUUAUUAUCUAUAGUUUAUAGCUAUGUAUAACGCGCCGCGACAACGCUAGCCGCAAAAACAACAACAAGAAUCAUGAUGACAGAAGCCAUUUGCAGUUGUAGCGUCAGUAAUAAUCGCGUUUUCCAAACAAUAAUAAUUUAACGAAACAUAGAAAACAAAAACAAAAAACAAUAAUGGUGAAUACAUAUUCAUGUAUAUGUAAAGUUCAAAUAAUCAAAAAUCAAAUUUUAAUCUUAAUUAAAUUACUAAAAUUACUAAAAUUUUAUUAAUUUUACUUUUAAUACGGCUGUUUAAUAUUGUCCGCGUAGCGCCGGCGUGCUUCUAAAUACUAACGCAUAAAUGGUUAACGAAUUAUAAUUUGCAAUAUAUCUAAAUAUCUAUAAUUUUAGCUGAGCUCUGGGCAUAAGUAUGAAGACUAAUUGGCGGUUUUAGGUACCAAUAGAAAACAUACGAAUUGCGCCCUCGUAAUCUUAACACAAAAAGCAAAUUUAACUGCGUACAAAAGCGUUGUGAGAUGACGAACAAAAAAAGGGUGUUUUUAGAAUUAAUUGGUAUUGGAAGUACACAAAUAACAUAUUUUGCCACUUUUUAAUAGUUGUUCAAUUUACGAUUAAGUCAUUUGCUAUUCAUUUAAUCCUUUGCAAAACAAAUACUUUUAAUUUGUAAUACUAAUCCGCCUGUUUAAAAACACAAUUAAUUACCAUUCAACAAACUCAGUUAUGAGAGUAGUGUUUUUAUUAUUCCCAAUUAUUUCACCAUUUGUUGGGAGCAUUCUUCCCAUAAAAGAUUGCUCUUGAAGCGUUGUUAUUACCUUUAAGACAGCAUUUAAGUAACAUUUUUUCUCUUGAUCAAUCCUAAAAUUUAGUGAAAUUAAUGUUGUAAGCAAUUUUUAGGAAAUAAAAGAAACAGAAAAAAUUCAA